AUGAUUGAGAAUGCGGACAUCAAUUCAGACAGUCUAAUUGAUCACAAGGAACUUGUGGAGUGGCUCAACAAACUUUCUUUAAACGAAACUCUCGAAUUUGUCGACUUGGACUUUGAAGAAAUAAACCCUGCUCAAGAAGGAAUAAGCGCGGCCGAGUAUUUCCAAUUUCGGGGACAGGAAUUUGAGGAGGACUAUUUACAAGAAGAAUUCUCACUGGCGGACGUAGACGGGGACGGAUACCUCAGUCGGGAGGAAUAUUUAAUCCUCCUCAACCCCCAGGAAACACGUGGACUGAAGGAGUUUUAUAUUAAAGAUGGUUUCAUCGAUGUUCGGGAAUUGAGACACAAAUCUCGCCAGGCUGUCGAGAACGAGUACAUGGACGAAUUAUAA